AUGAGUUCACCAACUAGUCUAGAGGAGUAUUCAAAUAGCGGUGAAUCAACGAAUAAAGCACCCGAAUCAGGAAAUUCAAUAUCACCGAAUAAUGUCAACGCACAUCAUUACCACAAUGACGACAUGAACAACUUUAUAAUGGAUAACGAAUAUAACGAUUACGAAGAAUUACGGAAGUCAUUGAUUGUUAAAAAGAGGCUAUCAAGCAAAUCCAAGGACGAGUCUCGACUUGAUAGAUAUCAGAUAGACAAAAAUUCAUUAUUGAGAUUGCCCACGGAAAUCUUGUUGCAGAUUUUCCAUCAUUUGGAUAGACGUGAUUUGUAUGCAUUAUUGACUGUUUGUAAGGAAAUUGCCGAUUUGAUUAUUGAAAUUUUAUGGUUUCGUCCAAACAUGCAGAAUGACGGGUCGUUUAAACGAAUUAAGGAAGUUAUGGAAUUGCCCAGAGAUAAGACUCAUUGGGAUUAUCGUUUAUUUGUCAAGAGACUAAAUCUUUCAUUCAUGACCAAGUUGGUUGAUGAUGAAUUGUUGGGUUUAUUUGUGGGAUGUCCAAAAUUGGAAAGAUUGACAUUGGUAAAUUGUGCUAAAUUGACGAGAUUUCCCAUUACUAAAGUAUUACAAAAUUGUGAACGGCUACAAUCUAUUGAUUUGACGGGAGUCACGGAUAUCCAUGACGAUAUAAUAAACGCCCUAGCUGAUAACUGUCCCAGAUUGCAAGGGUUGUAUGCACCUGGAUGCAGCAAUGUAUCGGAAGAAGCAAUCAUCAAAUUACUAAGAUCAUGUCCCAUGUUGAAACGUGUCAAGUUUAACGCCAGUAAUAAUAUCACAGAUGAGUGUAUUUUGGUUAUGUAUCAAAAUUGCAAAUCCUUGGUCGAGAUUGAUUUACAUGGAUGCGAACAAGUUACUGAUUUGAAUUUGAAGCGAAUCUUUUUAGAAUUAUCACAGUUAAGAGAAUUUAGAAUAAGUAAUGCACCGGGAAUAACUGAUAAAUUAUUUGAAUUGAUUCCUGAGGGGUUCAUUUUGGAAAAAUUGAGAAUUAUUGAUAUAACGGGAUGUAAUGCCGUUACUGAUAAACUAGUGGAGAAGUUGGUUUCAUGUGCACCUAAAUUACGUAACGUUGUCUUGUCCAAAUGUAUGCAAAUCACAGAUGCAUCCCUUCGAGCCUUGAGUCAAUUGGGUCGAAGUUUACAUUAUAUUCAUUUAGGUCAUUGUGGAUUGAUUACAGAUUACGGCGUCUCCUCCCUUGUUAGGUUUUGUCAUCGGAUCCAAUAUAUUGAUUUAGCAUGCUGUUCACAAUUAACAGAUUGGACCUUGGUUGAAUUGGCCAAUUUACCUAAAUUGCGCAGAAUUGGAUUGGUUAAGUGUUCAUUGAUCACCGAUUCAGGGAUUUUGGAAUUGGUGAGAAGACGAGGCGAGCAGGAUUGUUUGGAACGUGUCCAUUUGUCAUAUUGUACCAAUUUAACCAUUGGUCCUAUUUAUUUAUUAUUAAAGAGUUGUCCUAAAUUAACUCAUUUAUCCCUUACUGGAAUUUCAUCAUUUUUAAGACGGGAAAUCACACAAUAUUGCCGUGAUCCUCCCCCUGACUUUAACGAACAUCAAAAGUCGUUGUUUUGUGUAUUUAGCGGUCAUGGAGUUAACCAAUUGAGGAAUUAUUUAAAUCAAGUAAUGGAAGAACGCACUUAUCAGAUUGAUCAAGGUGACAUUCAAGCAUUAUUUCAUGAGCGAAGAAGAAGAUUUUUAGGCGGAAAUAAUAAUGCCCGGGCCGCAGCGGGUGGAGACAUGGAUUUAGACGACGAUCCCAUAAAUGACGACACAAUAGCCAGGAGGUUUGGUCAAUUACAACAGCAAAUGCGGGCAGAUGCCGCCGAAGCAGGUGGUAACAAUGGAUUGGAAAGAUUUAUGUUGCAAGAUCCUGCCAUGGCUGAUCUUAACCGAGAUAUAUUUAGAGGAAUAACCGAAGGAGACAUGGGACCUGAUGAGAUGAGAGAGCAUUUUCAAUUAUUGAUUAGAACUCACCAACAACAAAGGUUGCAACAGCAACAACAGGCAGCAGCAGCUACACCUACAGGUAGGCAAAGACAAGCCAAUCCUCAGAAUGCCCCACAAAUAGACCAGACCCCCGUGUUUCCUAAUGCCGAACGAGCUGGACAAAUAAUUGAAGAAGAUGAGGAUGUUGAGAUGGAACAAGUUGAUCUUUUCCCUCGAAAUACUUCUCCAUAA